AUGGCUCCCGCCGUCGGUAUUGAUUUGGGUACCACCUACUCCUGUGUGGGUGUGUUCCGUGAUGACCGCAUUGAGAUCAUCGCCAACGACCAGGGUAACCGAACUACCCCAUCGUUCGUUGCCUUCACCGACUCUGAGCGUCUCAUCGGUGACGCCGCCAAGAACCAGGUCGCUAUGAACCCUCACAACACUGUCUUCGAUGCCAAGCGUCUCAUUGGUCGUCGUUUUAACGACGCUGAGGUUCAGGCUGACAUGAAGCACUGGCCCUUCAAGGUCGUUGAAAAGGCCACCAAGCCCAUUCUCGAGGUCGAGUUCAAGGGUGAGACCAAGCAGUUCACUCCCGAGGAGAUCUCCUCCAUGAUCCUCACCAAGAUGCGUGAGACCGCUGAGGCUUACCUCGGUGGCACCGUCAACAACGCUGUCAUCACUGUCCCUGCCUACUUCAACGACUCCCAGCGUCAGGCUACCAAGGACGCUGGUCUUAUUGCCGGUCUUAACGUCCUCCGUAUCAUUAACGAGCCCACCGCUGCUGCCAUUGCCUACGGUCUUGACAAGAAGCAGGAGGGUGAGCGCAACGUCCUUAUUUUCGAUCUCGGUGGUGGUACCUUCGAUGUGUCUCUUCUGACCAUUGAGGAGGGUAUCUUCGAGGUCAAGGCUACCGCUGGUGACACUCACCUUGGUGGUGAGGACUUCGACAACCGUCUGGUCAACCACUUCGUCAACGAGUUCAAGCGCAAGCACAAGAAGGACCUGACCACGAACGCUCGUGCUCUCCGCCGUCUCCGCACUGCUUGCGAGCGUGCCAAGCGUACCCUGUCUUCUGCUGCUCAGACUUCUAUCGAGAUCGACUCUCUCUUCGAGGGUAUUGACUUCUAUACCUCCAUCACCCGUGCCCGUUUCGAGGAGCUCUGCCAGGACCUCUUCCGCGGUACCAUGGAGCCCGUUGAGCGUGUCCUCCGUGACGCCAAGAUCGACAAGGCUUCCGUCCACGAGAUCGUCCUCGUCGGUGGUUCUACCCGUAUCCCUAAGAUCCAGAAGCUCGUCUCCGACUUCUUCAACAAGGACGCUAACAAGUCCAUCAACCCCGAUGAGGCCGUCGCCUACGGUGCCGCUGUCCAGGCCGCUAUCCUCUCGGGCGACACUUCCUCUAAGUCCACCAACGAGAUCCUGCUUCUCGAUGUCGCUCCCCUCUCUCUCGGUAUUGAGACCGCUGGUGGUGUCAUGACUCCUCUUAUUAAGCGCAACACCACUAUCCCCACCAAGAAUUCGAGCUCACUGGCAUCCCCCCCCGCCCCCCGUGGUGUGCCCCAGAUUGAGGUUACCUUCGAUCUCGAUGCCAACGGUAUCAUGAACGUCUCCGCUGUCGAGAAGGGUACCGGAAAGACCCACAAGAUCACUAUCUCCAACGACAAGGGUCGUCUCUCCAAGGAGGAGAUCGAACGCAUGCUCUCCGAGGCUGAGAAGUACAAGGAGGAGGAUGAAGCCGAGGCUGGCCGUAUUCAGGCCAAGAACGGCCUUGAGUCCUACGCCUACUCCCUCAAAUCCACCAUCAACGAGGGCAAGCUCCCCCUCUCCGAUGAGGACAAGAAGAAGAUCGAGGAGAAGGUCUCCGAGGUUAUCUCUUGGCUCGACAACAACCAGACUGCUGAGAAGGAUGAGUACGAGUCUCAGCAGAAGGAGCUUGAGGCUGUUGCCACUCCCAUCAUGAAGGGGGCUUACGAGUCUGCCGGCGGUGACGCUGGUGCCGCUCCCCAUCAGCCCGCUGAGACCGAGGAGGCCGGUCCCGAACUUGACUAG